AUGGCUGUGUACAAAGGUUACAAAGGUGGUCCUGUCGGUUAUGGUGAUCCAGAUGAUAAAACAAUAGCUGACACGGAGCGCGGCACCCUCUUUUCAAAGUUUGUCCAGGAACGUCUCAUGUUCGAUCUCUGUGAGAAGGAGUGGCGUCACUGGAGAACCUGUAUUCGCGCCCACAAGGACAGUUGGGUGCCAUCGCGCAAGUGCAAAAUGGAAUUCGCCCUUGUAAACGACUGCCAGAACACGUUAGUACAGGACCCUGAUCAGUUAAAGAAGUUUGAAGAAGAGUACCUUCAAAGACGCGCAGAAUUCCGUCGAACAGGUGUCGGCUUCCAGUAUCUCUCAAAAGAAAAGCUAAGGCAAGCAGCCCAAGAAAUUGACACUGACAUGUGA